GGCCGCGGGGAGGGCGGCGGUGGCGGCGGCGGCUGGAGUGGGGUAGAGACCGCCGGGUCUCGGCCCGCACCAGGAGCGGAACAACCUUUCAGAUCUCUGUGGACCCCAGAAGAUCCAUGAAGAAUAUGAAUUGAUUCCAUGUGGACAUGAAUGAGCCCUUAAACCUAGAGUAUCAUAUACAUCAUCCUCCUUAAUGAUAGUAUCGAUUAUUUGGUUCUGUGCUGGGCACAGGAGGGGAUGAGCUGGUUUCCAUCAGGAUGCUCACUGAGCUCCCCUGUUCCUGUAUUUCUUCUUCUUUUUUUUGUGUUUUUUCCUGAGAUGGAGUCUUGCUGUGUCACCCAGGCUGGAGUGCAGUGGCACAAUCUCGGCUCACUGCAAGCUCCGCUUCCCGAGUUCAAGCAAUUCUUUUGCCUCAGCCUCCCGAGUAGCUGGGACUAUAGGUGAGUGCUGCCACGCCCAGCUACUUUUUGUAUUUUUAGUAGCCCUGGGGUUUCACCAUCUUGGCCAGGAUGGUCUUGAUCUCCUGACCUCGUGAUCCGCCCGCCUCUGCCUCCCAAAGUGCUGGGAUUACAGGUGUCAGCCACUGUGCCUGGCCCCCUGUAUUUCUUUUUGAGACAGGGUCUUACUCUGUCCAGGCUGGAGUGCAGUGGCAUGAUCUUGGCUCACUGCAACCUCAACCUCAUGGGUUCAAGUGAUUCUUCUGCCUCAGCCUCCUGAGUAGUUACUAUUACAGGCAUGCGCCACCACACCUGUCUAGUUUUUUGUAUUUUUAGUAGAGACAGGGUUUCACUAUGUUGGCCAGGCUGGUCUCAAACUCCUGACCUCAAGUGAUCCACCUGCCUCAGUCUCCCAAAACACUGGGACUACGAGCAUGAGCCACCGCACCUGGCCCCUUCCCUGUAUUUCUGAGAACUCUUUUCUCCUGCUUUCUCUGGAUUUUGGAGCCUGCCAGGGUCUGGGACCUGCCGAUAUGGGGGACAUGAAGACCCCUGAUUUUGAUGACCUCCUUGCUGCCUUUGACAUCCCUGACAUUGAUGCAAAUGAAGCCAUCCAUUCUGGGCCAGAAGAAAAUGAGGGGCCAGGAGGCCCAGGGAAGCCAGAACCAGGUGUGGGAAGUGAAUCUGGAGACACAGCAGCAGCCUCAGCUGGGGAUGGCCCUGGAGUUCCAGCCCAGGCCUCUGACCAUGGCCUGCCACCGCCAGACAUUUCUGUAGUUAGUGUCAUUGUCAAGAACACUGUGUGUCCUGAGCAGUCUGAGGCCCUGGCUGGAGGCUCAGCAGGGGAUGGGGCCCGGGCUGCUGGGGUAACUAAGGAAGGGCCUGUGGGGCCUCAUCGAAUGCAGAAUGGUUUUGGGGGUCCUGAACCUUCCCUCCCAGAAACCCCCCACUCUCCUGCUCCUCCCAGUGGGGGCACCUGGAAAGAAAAAGGCAUGGAAGGCAAAACUCCCUUGGACCUGUUUGCUCAUUUUGGCCCUGAGCCAGGGGACCACCCGGAUCCCCUGCCUCCCUCUGCACCCUCUCCCCCUCAGGAGGGGGCUAUGACCCCACCUCCUUUCCCCUCUUCCUUUGAGCUGGCCCAGGAGAAUGGCCCAGGCAUGCAGCCACCUGUUUCUUCCCCACCGUUGGGGGCCUUGAAGCAGGAGAGCUGCAGCCCCCAUCAACCCCAGGGCCUAGCCCCACAAGGCUCAGGCUCCAGCCCUGAGGCCACGGACAUCCCUGCCAGUGCCUCGCCUCCCCGAGUUGCUGGGGUGCCCUUCUUCAAGCAGUCUCCAGGGCACCAGAGCCCUCUUGCCUCCCCCAAACUGCCCGUCUGUCAGCCCUUGAAAGAAGAAGAUGAUGAGGGGCCAGUGGACAAGUCUUCCCCAGGAAGUCCCCAGAGUCCCUCUAGUGGGGCUGAGGCUGCAGAUGAGGACAGCAAUGACUCCCCUGCCUCCAGCUCCUCUAGGCCUCUUAAGGUGCGGAUCAAGACCAUUAAAACAUCCUGCGGGAAUAUCACAAGGACUGUAACUCGGGUCCCUUCAGAUCCUGAUCCACCUGCCCCCUUGGCUGAGGGGGCCUUCUUGGCUGAAGCUAGCCUCUUGAAGCUGUCCCCUGCAACACCUACUUCUGAGGGUCCAAAGGUGGUGAGCGUACAGUUGGGUGAUGGUACAAGGCUGAAAGGCACUGUGCUACCUGUGGCCACCAUCCAGAAUGCCAGUACUGCCAUGCUGAUGGCAGCCAGUGUGGCCCGCAAGGCUGUGGUGCUGCCUGGGGGGACUGCCACCAGCCCUAAGAUGAUUGCUAAGAAUGUGCUAGGCCUGGUGCCCCAAGCCCUGCCUAAGGCUGAGGGGCGGGCAGGGCUGGGGACUGGGGGACAGAAGGUGAAUGGUGCCUCAGUGGUGAUGGUGCAGCCUUCAAAGACAACUACUGGGCCGAGUACAGGGGGCGGCACAGUGAUCUCACGGACCCAGUCCAGCCUGGUGGAGGCCUUCAACAAGAUCCUCAACAGCAAGAACCUGCUCCCUGCCUAUAGGCCAAACCUGAGCCCACCAGCUGAGGCUGGGCUGGCCCUGCCUCCCACCGGCUACCGCUGCCUGGAGUGUGGGGAUGCCUUCUCGUUGGAGAAGAGCCUGGCACGGCACUAUGACCGCCGGAGCAUGCGCAUCGAGGUCACCUGCAACCACUGCGCCCGCCGCCUGGUCUUCUUCAACAAGUGCAGCCUGCUCCUGCAUGCACGUGAACACAAGGACAAGGGGCUCGUUAUGCAGUGCUCACAUUUGGUCAUGAGGCCCGUAGCCCUUGACCAGAUGGUGGGGCAGCCGGACAUCACACCCCUGCUGCCUGUAGCUGUCCCACCUAUCUCUGGACCUCUGGUCUUGCCUGCCUUGGGCAAGGGUGAGGGGGCCAUCACCUCCUCUGCCAUUACUACAGUUGCUGCUGAGGCCCCUGUCCUGCCACUCUCCACUGAGCCGCCUGCUGCCCCUGCCACCUCUGCUUACACGUGCUUUCGCUGCCUGGAGUGCAAGGAGCAGUGCCGGGACAAGGCUGGCAUGGCAGCUCACUUCCAGCAGCUCGGCCCCCCUGCCCCUGGGGCCACCAGCAAUGUGUGCCCAACCUGCCCCAUGAUGCUCCCCAAUCGCUGCAGCUUCAGCGCCCACCAGCGCAUGCAUAAGAAUCGACCCCCCCACGUCUGUCCUGAGUGUGGGGGCAACUUCUUGCAAGCCAAUUUUCAGACCCAUCUCCGGGAGGCCUGUCUGCACGUCUCUCGCCGUGUGGGAUACAGGUGCCCCAGCUGUUCAGUGGUGUUUGGGGGUGUGAACUCCAUCAAGUCCCACAUCCAGACGUCGCACUGCGAGGUUUUCCACAAGUGCCCCAUCUGCCCCAUGGCCUUCAAGUCUGGGCCCAGCGCCCAUGCCCACCUCUACUCCCAGCAUCCCAGCUUCCAAACUCAGCAGGCCAAGCUGAUCUACAAGUGCGCCAUGUGUGACACAGUCUUCACUCACAAACCCCUCCUCUCCUCACACUUCGACCAGCACUUGCUGCCCCAGCGUGUCAGUGUCUUUAAGUGCCCGUCUUGUCCUCUGCUUUUUGCCCAAAAAAGGACCAUGCUGGAACAUCUCAAGAACACCCAUCAGUCUGGGCGCUUGGAGGAGACUACUGGGAAAGGGUCCGGGGGUGCCCUGCUGACCCCCAAGACUGAGCCUGAGGAGCUGGCUGUUUCUCAGGGAGGGGCAGCCCCUGCUACUGAGGAGUCGUCUUCAUCUUCAGAAGAGGAGGAAGUACCCAGCUCCCCUGAGCCCCCCCGUCCAGCCAAACGGCCUCGGCGGGAACUAGGGAGCAAAGGCCUCAAGGGUGGGGGUGGGGGGCCUGGAGGCUGGACCUGUGGCCUGUGUCACUCCUGGUUCCCUGAGCGUGACGAGUAUGUGGCCCACAUGAAGAAGGAGCAUGGCAAGUCAGUGAAAAAGUUUCCCUGUCGCCUUUGUGAGCGCUCCUUCUGCUCCGCCCCCAGCCUGAGGCGUCAUGUCAGGGUCAAUCAUGAGGGCAUCAAGCGAGUGUACCCCUGCAGGUAUUGCACAGAGGGAAAACGCACCUUCAGCAGCCGCCUGAUCCUGGAGAAACAUGUCCAGGUCCGGCAUGGCUUGCAGCUUGGGGCCCAGUCCCCUGGCCGGGGGACCACUUUGGCUCGGGGUUCCAGUGCCAGAGCCCAGGGGCCAGGUCGGAAACGCCGCCAGUCUUCUGACUCUUGCAGUGAGGAGCCUGACAGCACGACACCGCCAGCCAAGUCCCCCAGGGGCGGACCUGGAUCUGGAGGCCAUGGCCCCCUGCGCUACCGGAGCAGCGGCUCCACAGAACAGAGCCUCAUGGUGGGGUUGAGGGUGGAGGAUGGUGCCCAGCAGUGCCUCGACUGUGGCUUGUGCUUUGCCUCCCCUGGCUCCCUGAGCCGGCACCGUUUCAUCAGCCACAAGAAGAGACGGGGUGUGGGUAAAGCCAGUGCCCUGGGGCUGGGGGAUGGGGAGGAAGAGGCCCCUCCAUCAAGGUCUGACCCCGAUGGUGGAGACUCACCCCUGCCUGCCUCUGGAGGCCCACUGACCUGUAAGGUCUGUGGCAAGAGCUGCGACAGUCCUCUCAACCUCAAGACCCACUUCCGCACGCAUGGCAUGGCGUUCAUCAGGGCUCGGCAGGGGGCUAUUGGGGAUAACUAGGCCCUAAGCCUGGGACUGACCAGCCCCUUCCUCUUGGAGCCUGGUUUUCCCUGCUGCUGCCUGAUCCCCUGGCUGGGGAGUUUCAUUGACAUUAACAUUUUGUUAAUUCCUCUCUCAAACCUGAAGAAAAGCUUUUGAGGAUUAUUCUAGUUAUUUGCAACCUCCCUUUGGGUUUGGCCCUGGAGUCCUAGUAGAGUCGACCCUCCAUUCCUCUUUUCUGAGCCCAACACUAAUUAUGCUCCUGCUGCAGAACCCCCAGUGUGGGCCUGGCGUUGGGAGGAUGGGACUUAGGUAUUCCUGCUAGACAGGUUCAGGGAAGGACUGAUGGGGGUGUCACGGAUGGACACAUCCCUCCACAAUUCCUUCAGGCAUGGACUGGAAAUUUCCUCCUCUGGGCCAGGCCCUACCCUAGUGCCCCCUCCCCCCCAACUCACUGGCACUCAAGCCCCCUACCCCUGCAGUGCCUUUCACUUCUUUUUUUCCCCAGAAAUCCGGGGGGGUGGUUGGUGGGGAUGAGUCCUGUCAAGGGGGCCACAGGAGAGGAGGGGACAGGCUCUCAGGAAUCCUUUAUUCUUGUAGUAAUAAUACUAACAGUGGGGGAACUAGGGAGAAAACCAGACCAUUAAAACUGUUUUUGGUCUAAUCUC